AUGAUUGCUGGAGACGAAGGAAAUGAAAUUUCUGGACCUAAGAUCCCUUUUGCUCUCUGCACCGACUCUCUCUCUCUCUUUGCUCCAGAAUCCUCGCCGAAGAACGAAGGGAGAGUUGACUUGAUUGAUAAUUUAUUGAGAGUUUCAGAUGGAUGCUCUUUCUCUCCACCAAAUAUCUAUCCUGAGAUUGAAGACUCGGAAUUGGCAUGCGCUGUACAAAUGGUAAAGGGCAGUUUUUUUCCUAAUGUUGAUGCCUUUAGACAAGCAUUGUACAAGUAUAGCAUCUCCCACAAGUUUUCAUACAAGUUUAAGAAGAUUAACAAAGAGAAGAUCAUUGCAUAUUGCAAGGUGGAGGGCUGUGAAUGGAACAUUGUAGCAUAUUCAAUAGGAAAAGAUAAUGAGAUUUUAAGGGUUACAAAAUUCAACAAUGAUCACACCCAUAAUGCGCAAGACAACCUUAUUGUGUCACACUCGGCAAGGUCAAAAUUAACAUCAUCAAUCAUGGUUGAUGCUCUAAGGUCUAAUAUAGAUAAAGGUGCCAAUGAACUUGCAAGAGACUUGUAUAGAGAGUAUGGUGUGCGAUUAAGCUACAGUCAAGCUUAUAGGGGAAGAAAAAAAGCACUGCGGGAAAUACAUGGUCGUGCAGAAGAUUCUUAUAGCAUAAUCCCUUGGAUUUAUGAUCAAUUAAUGGAAACUGAUCCGAUGACAGUUGCAAAAUGGAAUGCCUCAAAUGAUAGAUUUGAGAGGCUAUUCAUUGCUUAUGGAUGCUCUAUAUCUGGUUUUUUAGGAGGUUGUCGAGCCAUACUUUAUGUAGACGGAUGUCACCUAAGCGGUCCAUACAAGGGAACAAUGCUGUCAGCAUACAUAACAAGAUCAGUGGAGUUAACAAUUAUUUCUGAUCGGAAUAAUGCGAUUAUUGGUGCCGUGCAAGCUAUAUUUGGUAGUGGUGAGAGACAUGCAUUUUGCUACCGUCAUGUGAAGGAAAAUUUUAGCACAGCAUUUACGAAAAUCAAUAGAGGUAAGAUGCGUACCUCGAGCAACAUGAAAGAUGAUGCGUUGAAAUUACUUGAUACAAUUGCCUAUGCAAGGCAUGAGGUUGAAUUUAAUGUUGCAAUGGAGAAUCUAAGAUUGUUUUGUCCACAAUUGGCACAAUGGGUUGAAACCCAAGGGGAUGUAGAUCGAUGGGCUCAAUGCAAGUUUGGAUAUAAACGAUGGGAUAAUAUCACAACUAAUCUUGCAGAAUCCUUUAAUGCUUGGAUUGUGAAAGAGAGAAAACACAAUGUUAAUGUCUUGAUUCAUGAGCAUAGAGAGAAAUUGGCAAAGAAGAUGGUCGCUAGCAAAGCGGCUAUGGGAAAUUGGAAACAUGGUGUCGGGCCUAACAUUGAGGCAAAAGUUAUGGAGCAAGUUGUGAGAGCUAAAAAUUUACAUGCACAAAUUUAUAGAGAAAAUUUGAUCUCUGUGCAAACUAUAUCAGUUAAUGGACUAAUACACUUGAAUGUUGAUCUUGCAGCACGUACAUGCUCUUUUUUAGCAUGGCAAAUGAGUGGAAUACCUUGUGCACAUGCUUGUGCAGCAAUCAAGCUACUUUAUGGCAAUGUGUACAAUUUUUGGAUGAAUGUUACAAGUUUACUGCUCAAGAAUAGAUAUAUACCACCAGUGUGA